AACAUGAACACCAACAACACCACCAACAAGAACAACAACGGCGAUCAGAUGGUAAUGAUAACGAUGAAAGAGGCAUCAAAAAAUCAUCAUACGCAUUUACAAGUCAAUAAUACUAUAACACCUGACCAUAAAAGUAUUAAUAAUAAUAAUAAUAAUACGCUAAUAAUGCGAAUAAUGACCACGGUGUACACCGACCCUACCAGAAUCAACUGAAACCAAACCAAUCAAUACUAUCAUUAACAAUAACUGAGAAUCCCAUAGCCGUGUUACAAACAUCUGGAUUAGAUAUUAGUCACAAUGAUUACAUAAGAAAAUUACAAUCUAAUCAUCAUCAUAAUAAUAAUAUGCUUACAAAAAAUAAACAACAAAUUGUUACAAAAAGUCUAUCAAAUCGUUUGCGUAAAAAAGCUCGUGAAGGUCAACGUGUCACUAUCAUGUUGAUAAUAGUUGUGAUUAGUUUUGUGAUAACAGAAGCACCACAAGGUGUAUUCAAUACACUUGUUGCAAUAAAAGGUGAAUGUUUUUUAAGUACAAUUUAUGUCCCAUUAGGUGAUAUAUUAGAUUUAUUAGUAUUAUUAAAUUCAUCAAUAAAUUUUAUACUUUAUUGUGCGAUGUCACAAAAAUUUCGAGUGAAUUUCGUAAAUUUAUUGAGAAAAAUGAUGUCAUGGUGUUGUCGACUGUGCUGUUUUCAAUGUCAUCGUCGCCAUGGUCAUGGUCAUGGUCAUCAUUAUCCUAACAUCGAGCAUUCUCAUGAUGAUAAAGGCAAUAGUGAUAAUGACUAUCCUGUGAUGACAAACCAUAAGAAUGAAAUGAAGGAAUGAUAACGAAAGUGAGUACAGUACAUAGAGAAGAGUAGAGUGUAACUGUGGUUGGCUAACACAUAUGUGCUGAAGUGAUUCAACUGAAAUAUUGAUCACUACACACCAGAGCAGCAUAGAACCAUUAGGAAGAACUAUAAAGAUGUGUAUAAAGAUGCAGAAUCUCA